UGAAAGGGGAUUACGUUUUGUUGCGAGUGUUCAAAAUGAUGCGCGUGCCAACGAUCGUGGGGUUGAUCACCAGCUGUUUGCUGUUGCAGACCGUGGUUUUUGUGGUUGGAGCGGGCCACGAUCCACCACCAUCUCCAUCGAAUCGACCAACGCAACUCGAAGACAUUGAGCGCGACAAUCUAAACAGUGAGCGGCAGGUGUUCAAGAAGGAAGCGAUCGCCCAGCAACAGCAACAGCUUGGAGCUAGCUCGACGCAAAGCAACAACCAUUACUCGCUGCAGAUCCAGCACCAUCCGGGCAGCACGGCGGCAGCUCAUAGCGCCGUUAAAUACGUGACUCCGCUUCCGGCACCACAGCAGAUCACCUACACGAAAGAACAAUCGCUGCCUCAACAAUUCUACAAUCAUCAACCGCAGCAACAGCAACAGCCACAACCGCAACAGUUUCUGCAUUAUCAACCGCAACUGCAACAACAACCUGUUCCACAGGUGCAUGAGGAUCAUUCGACGUAUACGGUUCCAUCGCGACAAUCGCUCCUGCAGCCCGUGAUCGGUGGUAGUGCGCCAUCCUCUCCCUAUCUUACCCCACAGCCUCAAUAUGUUUACGUCCAGGCACGACCACAGCAGCAGAUGCAGUAUGCUUCCGGUCAGAGCAGUCUACCUCAAUCGCUGCUUCACAUUCUGCCACAAAAUUCCCAAGCUUAUAUCAUGAUUCCGACCCAGUACUACCAGCAGCAACCAUCGCAUCUUCCAUCCGAAGUACCAUCGUCGGCACCGCAUUCCGCUCAGCAGCUGGCUGCAUACGUCAACGAUCCAGACAACCAUAUCGAAACCUAUUCUCACGGUGAAACUGGAGCACAGUCACCAUCUGCACCUCCAGUAAACUCGAUUCCCUCGGAUCCGGCCGCACAAACCCAGUCUACCUCACCGACACCGGACAUCGUCUAUGCUCCGUCCUCUACACCGGCCCCACCACGCCACCAAUCGCCCUCGUCUGAGUUUUCCAUCGUAAAGAGUAUCGAGCAACCGAUUUACUAUUCACACGAUCUGCCAGCACCGUUGCCGUCUCCUACAUACAACAAGGACCUUCCACAGCACACCUUCAUCGGACCACUUCACAAUCAUCAUCAUCACCAUCAUCAACAACAGCAAGUGGCUCACCGGGUGCCUCAAUUCCACCUUCAACAACAAUUGCCACAUCACGAAGGACAUGCACACUUUGCGGGGCCACAUUUUCCACAGACACAGCACGUGCCACAGCAUACACCAUCCCCGGUCUAUCCUUCCUUGAACCAUCCAAACAAUGGAAUCCUAAACUACUUCGGAGUGCAGCAUCGUCCACCGACCAGUCUGCUGGACUCGUACGUACCGAGUGCGUUGCAACUUCACAAGAACCAACCCGUUUUCGUGCCGAAACAUCGUCCAGCGCUCGUUUCCUUCUAUCAGCCGGGCUAUCCUUUCAUUGCUGGUCCUCAUCAUCAUCAUCAUCCUCAUCAUCAGCAGCAACAUCAUGCGUAUUCCGUCAAUCCCUUGCAUACGACCAUCCUUCAACCGGCCGCUGGUCCAAUCCCAUUCGGUCAUCAGCACCAGCAAGCGCCACAGAUUGCGCAUGCAGCCGCCCCUGGACCACUGGGUCCGGUAGCAACGGCUCCGGCCUACAAUACGAUCGCUUACUCGGUUCCACUAGCCUUCACCAAGACGUCCGCUCAGUACAAGCGAUCACCGGCGUUGUUCAGUGUGGCCGGUUUCCUGCCGAAGAUACCAGCACUCGGUGGUGCCACUACCAAGCUGCAGCCAUCGAAGCCCCUUCCCUGAGUGGCCGACGCGCUAUU